AUGGAGAAUAACAACAACUUCCCAUGCCGGAAAAAGGGGGAUCCGAUAACAACAAUACAGUCACCACCUCAUAGUCUAGAUCCGAACGACUCAUCACGAUCCAUACUAAGCUCGGUGUCGAGCCUCUUAGCUUUCUCAUCCUCGCAUCCCUCUCCACAUCUCUCCGCAAAGGUCAAGAUGCCCUCAAGCUGGCUGACCAGCAAACCAACCGCACACACCGCAUACAUCAAAACCGAUCGACGAGUCCAAUUCAACAGUCCAGUUGAGACAUCUCCAUUACGACAGUCAGCCAGAUCGCGAAGACCAAGCCCAAGCUCUGCACCCCCUGUAGCGCGCCCAGAAAAGGAGUACAAAGCCUCGCGUCACGAGAAGCCCAAAAGUGACUAUACAACCGACCGAAAUGGAUAUAGAAAUGAGUGCGAGGAUAGAAGGAAGAGAGAUGAGAAGAAGGUCCAAUAUAUAGCUAGAAAUGGGUGCGAGGAUAGGUGCAAGAGAGAAGAGAAGAAGAUCCAAUAUGUGGAUAGAAAGGAGUGUGAGGACAGGUACAAGACUGAGGCGAAGAAGGUCCAACAUGUGGACAGAAAGGUGUGCGAGGACAGACACAAAAAAGACGAGAAGAAAACCCAAUAUGUGUAUGGAAAGGAGUGCGAAGACACAUGCAAGAGAGAGGAAAAGAAGGUCCAAUAUGUGGAAGGAAAGGAGUGCGAGGACAAAUGCGCAAGAGAGGAGAAGAAAGUCCAAUAUGCAAGGAGUACGACGUGCUAUAAGUACAAGACGUACUAUAUUGUGCAAGUUCGUGUUAUCCCAAGACAUAUCAGUACUGGAACAGGGCGUGUGACUAGGGUGAGGAGGAUUUCUAUUGUUGAUACGACGGCCUGA